GCCAUCGAAUCCCCCUGUGAGAUAACCACAAUCAAAAUGAGUUCACCAAACGCCACGACGUCGUCCAACUACUGGGACUUCCUGUUCACCGAGCUGGCCGAUCCUCGGACGAAUCAUUGGCCGCUCAUAUCGUCGCCCGUGCCCGGCCUGACCAUCAUUGCCAGCUACCUGUACUUUGUGCUCAACUUCGGACCCAAGUAUAUGGCCAACCGGAAGCCGCUACAGAUGCAGAAAACCCUCGUCGUGUACAACUUCAUCCAGGUCCUAGUCAGUGUCUACCUGUUUGCUGAGGGUCUUGAUGGGGCAUGGCUGCGGCACUACAGCUGGCGGUGUCAACCGGUGGACUUUGAGAACAAUCCCGCUGCCAUGAGGGUUGCCCGCGGUUGCUACAUCUACUUCCUGGCCAAAAUCUCCGAGCUCCUGGACACGGUGUUCUUCACGCUGCGGAAAAAGGACAACCAAAUCACGUUCCUGCACCUGUACCACCACACGGUGAUGCCGAUGAUCUCCUGGGGAGCCACCAAGUACUACCCCGGAGGGCACGGAACGUUCAUCGGUGUGAUCAACUCGUUUGUGCACAUCGUGAUGUACACCUACUACAUGAUGGCCGCCAUGGGACCCCAGUACCAGAAGUACCUCUGGUGGAAGAAGUACAUCACUAACCUUCAGAUGGUUCAGUUCGGUAUGGCGUUCGGCCACUCGGCCCAGCUCCUGUGGACCGACUGUGGCUAUCCGCGCUGGUCCGUGUUCUUCACCCUCCCGAACGCCAUCUUCUUCUACAUGCUGUUCAACGAUUUUUACAAAAAAUCCUACGGUUCCAAAAAGGCUAGCCGAAACACUGCCGCCGCUGCCGUCCGGGACAACGAAACCAGCGACCCAACGGCCAACGGGAAGAUCCCGGAAAACAACAAUACCCUCGACGCGUUACCUAAAGUCCCCGCCACCAAAGUCGCCAGCAAAGACCUAUGA